UUGCCCACAAGCUGCAGGGUGGUAAUUUUUUCUUCCCUGUCAUCUUGGUUCCCCAGGAAAGCCCAGGAAGCUCAGGAAGUGUGGAGAGAGAUGCUACAGGCCCAGCAUCUCCUAGGACAAGGCCUGGGACCUUGUCCAGCUUGCCUCCCUCACCAGGCCCUACGUUUGCAGAGCCCACCAACUGUUUCCUGCGUCCUGCAACGGCGACCUGCGCGGAGCUGGCAGCGAGGAGAACCAGCUGCUCCGGCUGGCAACUGGCGAUCGGGCCGGGCGGACGGACCCACGGGCCGAGGGGCCGACAGACGGGCAGGCCAGACGCGGCGGCGCUUCUCCAGCAUGAAUGGAUAUGUGGAAUUUCCCCCGAACCCCAGCAACCCCACCAAGGAGCCCCUGGAGCCCCGGCCUGGCCAGGCCUUGCUGCAGGAGGAUGUAGACAUGAGCAGCGGCUCCAGCGGAAAUGAAGCCCCCGAGAACUGCUCCACGGGGCAGGACUCACAGGGCAGCGACUGCGAUGACCAUGGGAAGGAGCUGGGGAUGAUAGUGGAGCCGCCCGAUCCCCAGAGGGCCUUUAGCCUGAUGAUGGCGGAGCCUGAGCCCAACCUGUCUACCAGCGGGAGCGGCUGCAGUAGCAAGGCGUCCGCCAAAGUAGAGACUCACAAAGAGCUGAUAAAAACGCUGCGGGAGCUGAAGGUCCACCUCCCUGCGGACAAGAAGGCCAAGGGCAAGGCCAGCACACUGGCCACCCUGAAGUACGCCCUGCGGAGUGUGAAGCAGGUGAAAGCUAACGAGGAGUACUACCAGCUGCUGAUGUCCAGCGAGAGCCAGCCCUGCAGCGUGGACGUGCCCUCCUACACUGUGGAGCAGGUGGAGGGCGUCACCUCUGAGUACAUGGGGAAGAACGCGGACAUGUUUGCUGUGGCUGUGUCCCUGGUUUCGGGGAAGAUCCUGUACAUCUCUAGCCAAGUGGCAUCCAUAUUUCACUGCAAGCGGGACACCUUCAGCGACGCCAAGUUUGUGGAGUUCCUGGCGCCCCACGACGUCAGCGUGUUCCACAGCUCCACCACCCCCUGCAGGCUUCCGUCCUGGAGCGUGUGCGGCGGAGUCGAUUCCUUCACUCAGGAAUGCAUGGAGGAGAAGUCUUUCUUCUGCCGUGUCAGUGUCGGUAAGAACCAUGAGGAUGAGAUCUGCUACCAGCCGUUCCGCAUGACGCCCUACCUGGUCAAGGUGCAGGAGCCGCUGGGAGCCGAGAGCCAGCUGUGCUGUCUGCUGCUGGCGGAGAAGGUGCACUCAGGCUACGAGGCCCCGAGGAUUCCUCCUGAGAAGAGAAUUUUUACAACGACACACACGCCGAAUUGCUUGUUCCAGGACGUGGAUGAGAGGGCGGUCCCCCUCCUGGGCUACUUACCUCAAGACCUGAUUGAGACGCCCGUGCUGGUGCAGCUGCACCCCAGCGACAGGCCCCUGAUGCUCGCCAUCCACCGAAAGAUCCUGCAGUCCAGCGGGCAGCCUUUUGACUAUUCCCCCAUCCGCUUCCGCGCCCGGAACGGGGAGUACAUCACACUGGACACCAGCUGGUCCAGCUUCGUCAACCCCUGGAGCCGCAAGAUCUCCUUCAUCAUCGGGAGGCACAAAGUCAGGGUGGGCCCUUUGAAUGAGGACGUGUUCGCGGCGCCCCCGUGUGCGGAGGAGAAGGUCCUGCACCCCAGCAUCCAGGAGCUCACAGAGCAGAUCCACCGGCUGCUGCUGCAGCCUGUGCCCCACAGCGGCUCCAGUGGCUAUGGGAGCCUGGGCAGCAACGGGUCCCACGAGCACCUCAUGAGCCAGACCUCGUCCAGUGACAGCAACGGCCAGGAGGAGGCCCGGCACCGGAGAGCCGAGAUUUGUAAAAAUGGUAACAAGACCAAAACCAAAAGUCAAUUUUCCCAUGAAUCUGGAAAACAAAAGAAAAAAUCAAUUACAGAAAUGCAAAGUAGUGCCCUGGCUCAGGUGAAAGCUGUGCCUGUUGCAGAGAAGGACAGCUCGGGGACCAGCUUGCUCAAGGCCGGUUUCCCCGAUGAGCUGGCUUGCAAGGACCAGCCUGCCUGCUCCUAUCAGCAGAUCAGCUGUCUGGACGGUGUCAUCAGGUACUUGGAGAGUUGCAGUGAGGCCUCGACCCUGAAGAGGAAGUGCGAGUUCCCUGCAAACAUCCCGUCCCGAAAGGCCACAGUCAGCCCCGGGCUGCACGCCGGAGAGGCAACGGCACCCUCCAAGGUGAGCAGCCAUGCGGAAGUGAGCGCCCGCCUAAGCUCACUGGCGCUGCCCGGCAAGGCUGAGAGCGUGGUGUCCCUCACCAGCCAGUGCAGUUACAGCAGCACGAUCGUCCACGUCGGGGACAAAAAGCCGCAGCCAGAACUAGAGACGGUGGAGGACACGGCCAGCGGGCCUGAGUCCCUGGACUGCCUUCCGGGUGCCCUCGGCCAGGAGAAGGGGCCUCUGCAGAAGCUGGGCCUCACCAAGGAGGUGCUGGCCUCGCACACGCAGAAGGAGGAGCAGAGCUUCCUGCAGAAGUUCCGGGAGGUGCGGCGGCUGGACAUCCUGCAGGCCCACUGCCAGUACCUGCAGGAGAGGUCUCGGGGGCAGCUGAGCGAGCGUGCGGCUCCUGGACUAAGAAAUGCUUCUGGAAUGGAUUCUUGGAAAAGAACUGGCAAGAACAGAAAACUGAAGUCCAAACGGGCCAAGCCUCGGGACUCCUCUGAGAGCACGGGGUCUGGGGGGCCCCCGCCCCAGCGGCCCCCGCUCGUGGGCCUGAACACCACCGCCUGGUCACCCUCGGACACGUCUCAGUCCAGCUGCCCCGCAGUGCCCUUCCCUGCCCCUGUGCCCUCUUACUCCCUGCCCGUGUUCCCAGGAAUAGUGCCAGCGCCAGGCACCGUGGCGUCACCGCCAGCAGUGCCCCACCCUGGCUUCGCAGUGCCCGCUGUGGCCAUGGGCAGCCAGCACGAGUUUGCAGUGCAGCCCCUGGCUUUCCCCACCCCCAUGGCACCUGUGGUGGCCUUCAUGCUCCCUAGCUACCCCUUCCCAGCCCCCGCAAGCCUGCCCCAGGCCUUCUAUCCGGGCCACCCCACACCCCCUUGCGAGAUGACCCCUGCCUCCCAGCCUGAGUUCCCCAGUCAGACCUCCCUCCCCCGGCAGCCGUGCUCCUGCCCGGCCACCCCUGCCACCCCACCGUCAGCCACGGUGGCCACGGGCAGGGUCUCCCCACCGCUCUUCCAGUCACGGGGCAGCUCGCCCCUGCAGCUCAAUCUGCUGCAGCUGGAGGAGGCUCCCGAGGGCAGCGCAGGGGCCACAGCGACGGUGUCAGCUGGCCCGGACUGCACACCUGCUCGGGACUGGCCGCCCAAGGCGCCUCCAACACACGACGACCCCUCAGACGCUCAGAACAGCGACGCCCUCUCCACGUCCAGUGACCUGCUCAACCUCCUGCUGAAUGAGGACCUCUGCUCGGCCACGGGGUCAGCGCUGUCUGGGAGCGGGGCCUCUGCCACCUCGGACUCCCUAGGCUCCAGCUCACUGGGCUGCGAGGCAUCCCGAAGUGGGGCAGGCAGCAGUGACACAAGUCACACCAGCAAGUACUUUGGAAGCGUUGACUCCUCCGAGAACAACCACAAAGCACACGUGAACACGGACAUGGAGGAGAGCAGGCAUCUCAUCAAGUACGUCCUGCAGGACCCCAUCUGGCUGCUGAUGGCGGACGCUGACGACAGCGUCAUGAUGACGUACCAGCUGCCCUCCCGGGAUGUGGAGUCGGUGCUGAAGGAGGACAGAGAGAAGCUGCAGCUGCUGCAGAAGUCUCAGCCCCGCUUCUCAGAGGACCAGAGGCGGGAGCUGUGCGAGGUGCACCCAUGGGUACAGACGGGCGGCCUGCCUGCGGCUAUCGACGUGACGGAGUGUGUUUACUGUGAGAGCGAGGAGAAAGGCAGCUUGUGCGUGCCGUGUGAGGAGGACAUUCCGUCCUUGGGACUCAGCACUGCCUUAGACACCAAAGAGGAGGGGAAAGGGUGCCCCCCGGGUCACAAGAAGGACAAGCAGACGUAGCCCGUGUGACAGCGUGAGCCACAUGAGAUGGUGCUCGGGAGACACAGAAGACCCUCGUGAUUGUUUCCAAUGAAAUGGACAUAUUUACUUACGUUGCUUUUUUUGUUUGUUCGUUUGUUUUAGAGAAAACUCUGUUCUCUGAAGGGGUGACUUCAGGCUGUGUAGAGGGAAGGGUUUAUACGAAAACACAUUUUUGUAUUUAAAAUAUAGACACGGAGUUUUGGGGAUGGGUGAACACUUGGGUUGCUGUAGAACUUGAGGGGACAGAGUCCUCUUCGUGAGCGUCAGGGAAGUGGCUCCAGUGCCCUCAGACGCCCCCUGCUGUGACCGGACUUCCAUCCAGGUGCCAGCACCUGCCAGCCCCUGAAGGAUGUCCCAAGACAUCAGGCCAGGCUGUGACAAAUCUCCAGGAGGCCGCGUGCAGCCUUGAGCUGAAGCCUGCUACUUUCGAAGCUUUCCACAGUGUGUUUAGUUUGGGUCAAAUCUCUGCCCCCCCAGGACUGUGUCUACCGAAGUUGUCAUUCAUCCAUUCAGGUGUCCGCCAGGACUCAGCUGCUCCUGACCUCCUUCCAGAGUGUCCUUGGACGCGUGUGCAGCAGUGUGAUCGCUCAGCCUUUGCCUCCAGUCCUGUUGGAUAAAACCUCCCGCUGUGACACGGCUUUUUGUUUUGACUCUGGACGACGAAGCCUAGGGGUUUGUGUGACCAAUUCCAUGGGACUAAUGCCCACACCGACCCUCUGAAUAUUUCUACACCACUCUCGUAUCUCUUUUAGACCAUCCUGGCCACCAUGUAGAGAAGAACACGUUAUCAGCUGGGUCCUGUCUUCACGGUGAGCUCCCUCUGCGAACCGGGCUCUGCCCACAGCAUUAGGGGCUCUGCUGUGCUUGUUCCUCAGUCAGAGCCUCAGACACCGGCUCCAGCCCAGCAGAGCCGGCACUGCUUUCGCAGAGAGCAGCCCGUGCCGGCUGUGAGCCUGCGGCUGCAGCUCCAACUGCACCUAUGGCUACCAGGGUCCCUUGCACUCACCCCUCCCUGCACGUGGACAGGCUGUUGGCCCUUAUGUUGUGAGCCCAGCCACGGUGUGCAGCUCCGUCCUGGCACCGGUCAGUGCUGUUGGCAUUUAGGUCAUCUGAACCCAGGGAGAAGGAGGCCACCCUGCCCAGCUUUACCAAACCGCACACUGCACCGGACGUCCUGGAGAUUGUUCUGGAAAGCCUGACGUUGGUGCCUGGUGUGAAGGAGGAGGCACCAGCCCAGGCCACCUUGCUUAAAGCUUCCAGAGUUCCUGGCGCUGGAAAGGAAACAGGCUGUCCUAUCCCUUGGCAGAGACAUGGCUUCGAGAAGGGCAGUGACUCCUUGUCCACAGCUGGUUUUCACAGUAAACCACUUCACGCCUCAAUAUUAAUCCUACUUUUUAUAAAUGCAAGAAUUUUUUUUUUGUUUUUUUGGUUUUUGGUUUUUUGAGACAGGGUCUUGCUA